AUGGCACCUCCGAAUAUGGACAAUCCCCACCCUGUCAAACGCCCCCGCGUUGGAGAGCGGACCUUGCUCGCCUGCGUCGGCUGCAAGCAGAAGAAGCUCAAGGCACGGUCUUCCACCUUCAUGUGCUCUAAUGGGCGAGAGUGCCUCGUUGAAGACCCUGCGACGGGUCUGUUCCGUCCUCGAGAUUACAUGCAGUCACUGGAAGCAAGAGUCGCCUAUUUAGAAGGCCUCCUCCAACAAGUCCGACCUGAUGUAGCCUUGGAUCACCUUGCUGGUCUCGAGAAAGCCCACGCCGACUUAUCGCCUUCUGCUACAUUCCCCGAGUUGCCCCGACCCUCGGCAUUGCGCAAUGGCGAAAGAGCGCCCAUAGUAUCGGAUGCAGACGCUGCCGAAAGCCAUCAACACGAUGCAUCUCUAGACCUGGAGGAUCCGGCUGACCAGCUCUCCGCCGACGUUGCUCUGUUAUGCCUCACAACAGCAAGCAAGGAGCCUCACUACUUCGGUCCAUCCUCUGCUGUAUCAUUUUCCCGCGUUGUUAGUGCAGCUAUGAAUCUUCCCAAGAAAGUCGGAGGUUCUCAAGCUAGCGGUAUCAACUUCAGCCACGGUAAUUCAAGCUGGGAGUUGGCAACUCCAUUUCCCAUUAGCUUCCCUUCGGCACCUCUCGGGACUACAUUGUCUCAGGCCUACUUCAACAACAUCCAUCCUCAAUACCCUUUUUUGCAUCGACCAACAUUUCGGUUCUGGGAAGAGCUAUGUUUCAAGGCGGAUAGCACUGGCAACCUUUCACUUGCUGGGGAUAUCGCCCAGUUCUUCGUCUGGAUGGUCUACGCAAUUGCCUCCCUAGCCCUUGGCCCUAACCAUUACGAUACAGCGGAAUCCUACUACAAUAUGGCGCUCGCACACCAGCCUUCAGUUCUAGAGCUUGAUGGUAUUGAGUCAAUACAAAGCCUGCUUUGCUGUGCCGUCUACUCUAUCAGAUCCCCUGCUGGGGGAAGUUUAUGGAAACUCUCUGGACUGGCAAUUCGAUAUAGCAUCGAACUGGGCUACCACAGAAGCGCGUCUACAUACCGCAAGAACUCGAAUCCUCUGAUUGCCGAGAUGUCCAAUCGAUGCUUUUGGGUGGCAUACGAUAUCGACCGUGUUGCAUCCUUCAUUCUUGGCCGGCCAGUUGGUAUCCCCGAUGAUUGCAUCGAUGCUGAGCUCCCUCUGGAUAUCAAUGAUGAACAUAUCAACGCUUUGGGUCUGCUUCAGAGCCCUCGGGCUUCUCCAGAUGAGCCACCAACCAACAUGACAGGGGCCAUCCACGUUAUUAAACUCCGCCGACUCUGGUCAAAGGUUGGGAACAGCAUCUAUCCAGCCAUCACGAAAUGUUCUCCGAGCCAAGAAGUUGCAAAGAAGCCCUUGAUCGAUCAACUUGCUAAGGAACUCGAGAGCUGGCAUGCCGAAAUCCCGCAGCCACCUGAUACGGCUGGCCUCGAUCCAUUGUCCGUAUUUGCGUCUCGGGAGUGGUUCAAGCUAGCUUAUGACCACUCAGUCCUCCUUCUAUACCGUUACUGGAUCACGCACAAGCCACCUCCUGGGGAAGAGGAAUCUGUUGAGCAUGCACUUGAGACUUGCUCGCAGAAGGCGAAGGAAAUAUGCCUUCUCUACCGACGGCUGUUUCAGUACCAAUCCAUGCAGUUUACCUGGGGCUCAUUGCAUAUUCUCUUCCUUGGUGGCCUUACCUAUCUGUAUUGUAUCUGGAAAUCAGCAAGAGUGAGGCAAGCGGCCAAGAAAAUGGACGUCAUCAACACUUGCAUGGCCUGCAACACAGCACUUGUCAUUAUAGCCGAACGAUGGAGUAAAGCUACUCCGUACCGGGAUAUCUUCGAAGUGCUUUCUGAGAAAACCAUCGGCCUCGUUUGCGGAGAUGAAUGGAGGCCGCAUGGCAACUCUGCUGUGCCACCUACUUCGCACUCGGGGGAAGCGGUGGACUCACAACCCCUGGAGGACUGGAUUAUGGAGCUUGGCGCCAGCGAUAUGCCGACGGAGUCUGAGUGGUUUGUCCAGCAACUACUUCAAGGGAUGCGGAACACACAAACGGAUAUCACGGCCGAAGCACCUCCGACUUCUUUAGAUAUGUGA